AUGUCGCAAAAACCACGAAAGCUCCAGCGCGUCUCCAAGGCCUGCGACUUCUGCAAUCGGCGCAGCAUUAAAUGCACCCAAGGCGAGGACCAGCUAGGCCGAUGUCAGAACUGUGCUGACUUUGAUGUCGCUUGUACUUUUGAUCGCCCGGCUAAACGCCGUGGCGUUAAGGCUGGUACCAGGGUGACUGCGCGAGAGUCAUCAGUCACCACAGCUACGCCUGACAGUAUCCCCACUGCUCGAGUCACAGCUCCUGAUAGAGCCUCACGAUCUUCGGUCUCCAGGAGCUCAACUUAUCCCGAGUCGGGUCACCGUCCUUCCCUGACCGGGGAUCCUUGGUCUUCCUUCAAUUCGGGAUGGUCGACGGCAGAGGGAUAUGACGACGAUGGAGCGUUGCGCAAUUCAUGGAAAGCAUUCGCUAUCGCGAGUGACAGACAAAUUCGAAAUCUUGUCCAAGUAUAUUUCGAAAUUGUCUAUCCAAUCUUCCCAUUAUUUCACAAGCAAUCAUUUAUCGCAAGCAUCAACAACAAAGAGCAUCUCUCAAACCAAGGACUAUUUGCAUCGACAAUGGCAGUCUGCUCAUUAGUAUCAGGCCGCGCCCGCGACGGCGCAUUGUACAAUAACAGGUGGCAUCGAGAAGAACUUCUAGAACCGCCCUCUGAAGCAUUCUAUGCAGCAGCUAAAGACGCCCUACCCCGAGAUCUUGCAGCUGCGAAAGGGAUGAACUAUAUGCGAGCAUGUGCGAUCUUAGCGAUUGCCAGCAUUCAAAAUGGCCAGAUAAAGAACAUGCAGAAAUACUCCGGCAUUUAUCAUACAUUGACUAGCAUGGAAGGGUUUCACGACGAGAAGCUCUGGCCUAAGGACAUAAGCCCCAUCGAGACCGAAGAACGUCGAAGACUGACCCAACGGGUGGCUCACGCCCCCCCUGUGUCUUGGCUGCAUGGUUGGAAUUUCACAACUGAUUUGUACCGUAUUCUUGAGCACGUUGUGGAUGGCACUCGGCGCCGCUUUUCAUCGGCCAAUGGAACCCAAGAAGUCUGGUCUCUGUUUAGCCCUGCGAACAUGUCCGAGCCAGCCGUUAUGGAGCGAGUACUUUCGAUGUACGCUGCUCUCCCCCCACAAUUUAGAGAAACACCGCCCACCACUGGUGAUAUCGGCAAGGAUCUUUUUGGAUUUCAAUCUGCCAAUAUUCAGGCAACGCUGCAGCUUCUCCGGAUGGUCCUGCUGUCUGCGGAAGAAAUUGGCGUGGACCGGAAAUGUGACGUGGCGGGUGAGCUACUCAGCGUCUUUUCCAAGGUUCCUGUGGAAUAUCUGAAAGCCAUCAGCUCCCCCCCUGUCAUGGAAGGCAGUCUAUCUGACGCAUCUUACCAACGAGUUCGCACAUUACUACUUGAGAUGGCCGACCUUCUCCAUCGCCUCGAAACCGGUCUUCACCGUGCAGCGGGUGCUAGCGAACGCUUAAGAUCGCAAGUGGAUCGCAUAGACGGAUACAUGCGCAAUUCCCGCCUAGUCAAUCUUCCAGUUGCCCCUCCGCCUCCAAAUGGCAGUGCCAUCCUGAUGAAUAGUAUCAAAAACGAACCGGCUGUUCCACCUGCGCCGUAUGCCCCCAAUGGGCCACCCCAUGCUGUCAGGUCAGCAUCGGCUAUUGGAGACCCGAUGUUACAAUUUCAGCUUCCGCCGGAAUUGUUGUCGAACUGGCCGUGGCCGUUGGAUAAUUCGCAUUCUGAGGGGUUCUUGCCAUUGGCAUUUGAGUGA